AUGCAGCAACAUCAACAGCAGCAACAUCAUGCGGCUCAUCAUCAUCAAUUACAGCAACAACAGCAACAGCAUCAACAGCAUCAACAGCAGCAUCAGCUACAGCUGUACUCGCAACAACAGUCGCAGCAGCAGCAGCAGGAGUUGGAACAUCAACAGCAAAUGGCACGUGGAGGGGGAGCCAACCAAGGCUUCAGCGUGCCUCGCAGCGUUACGGCGUCUGGGUGGAUGUCGAGCGCGAAUUCUGCGGUGCAUCUUCACUCUAUGACCUCGAACGCCAGCGCUGCCGGACCCGCCGGUGCAGCUUCUGCUUCUGCUCCCUCGUCGUCAUCCUCGGCAGGGUCGCUGCUAUCGUAUUGGGAUCACGGUACAACUAGCGACAGCGAACUCAACAUGGCGUCGGCCAUGACGCCCUCGGAUCCGCAUCAGAGCCUUUCCGAGAUGCCUGGUGGCGGUGGUGGACAUCAUCGAUAUGCUUCGACUGCAUCGUUGCCGGCCUUUUCACCUAGCAAUGUGGGUGCUGGACAUGCAUCGUCGUCGCAUGGCUACGUGACGGCUGGCUCCGAUCACUACCACCCAUACAGAGCGGCGUCAAUGUCGAUGGCAGGGCCGCCGGGGCAGCAUAGCUAUUACUCGGCACACCAUCAUUCGGCCAUGGGCGGGGGUCCCACGUACUCUUCGUCGGCCUCGGUGCAGAUGGCAGCAUCACCAGGAUUCGUUUAUGCGCCAUCUGUUGGCUCUUCAGCACCGUUGGGGCCCGGCUCGGGCUACGAUUCCUACCCAUCAACCUCAGCACAGCCAUCUUCAUCAUCGUCGUCGUACUCUCAGUAUGUGUCAUACCUUCCUCCCGCUAUGUCGCACGACUCGCGCUUCUACCCCCUCAACCCAUUUGAGAUCAAGCACCGACGUCGAACGACAAAGACGCAAUUCCGAGUGCUCGAAUCGACGUUUCGCGACGUACCCAAACCCAACGCGACGCUCCGGAAGCAGAUCAGUGCGCAGCUCGAUAUGCCCGUACGAGCGGUACAGAUCUGGUUCCAGAAUCGACGUGCUAAAGCAAAGGCUAUGGAGAAGAGGAAACAGACGGGCGGCACAGGCGGCACAGAGCCCGGAGGUAGCGGAAGCAUGGGAGGUGGGGGACUGGAGGAUCAGCAGAGGGCGGCGCCGUCUGGGAUGGUGGGGGCCUUGAGUCAUCAUGCGUAUAGCGAUACGAGCGAGAGGUAUGCUGCGGCUCACAGCGAGGAUUCGCUCCGUGGGGUCGGUGGGCAACUGCCGAAGUACGAGCACGCCGGAAGAGCAACGGGUCGCUCCAUGGGCUUACCACCGAUUCGCAUGGGGGCAGCCUCCGCUGCGGCAGCUGAAGAUAACUACACACUCUCGUCGUCGUCAACUUUGGCGUCGGUUGCUCCCACUCUGCCCUCGAUCGAUUCUGGACUGUUAUUGGAUCGACGGCAAUUACCGCCUCCGUCCCUUUCAGGAACCAUGCCGAUGCUGUCUGCGACGAUGAACACGCCAAGCAUGGCCAUGUCCUCGCUUCAGCACGCUCACGACGAGCCAAUCGAACGUUCGGGCACGGCGCGAGAGUCUCUUCCACCGCCUCUGCAAGGCACCGCGUCAAGGUCCUACGACGCCAACGCCACCGCCGACCAACACGCUUCGAACCGGGUCUGGCCCGCAGGGCAACAGUAG